AUGUCGAGCGCGACGCGGCGAAUGGAGACCGCCCCGGAGGCCGCUGCCGCAGAGAAGGAGAGCGAGAUUACUCAGCAGGAAGAAGAGGUCAAGCAGGAAUCCCUUGCCGAGUUUCUCGAGCGCAUCGAGAAGGAAGAUCAGGCCAAGAUCGAUGCCGCCCUCAAGGCCUUCGAAUCCGGCAAUGCCAUCGAUGAGCACAUCAGCUCGCUGCUGGGCAUGAAGAAGUACAAGUGCGUCGUCUUCAUGUAUGGCGACGAGCACGCCCCGGCGGACGGCCAGGGCUACGCCGUCAUCAAGCAGUUGCAGCGCGAUCACGCUCUGUUCAAGACGUUUGACCUGAACAAGUAUCCGCUGCUGAAGGAGGGCCUCAUCAAGCACAAGGGUUCGUACGUGCGUGGUGACGAAGACAUUCCUCAAGUCUACAUCCUCGGCCGCCCGUUUGGUUCGCUUCGUGAGGUGAUGGACAGCGUGGCCACCGGCCAGCUGGAAGCCCGCCUCAGACUGACCAGAUCGCAGCGCCACUUCUACGCCUAG